AGGAUGUAUUUGACAAUGACUGGUACACCGCUCACAGUCUCGUUGGAGGAGCUGAUAUUAUCGUGAUUAAAUACUCCAUCACUGACAGGGCUAUAUUUCAAGUACUAAAGGAUAAGUAUGUCCCGGCAAUGAAAAAAGUAUUAAGCAUCUGUUCCAUUCCAGUAAUAAUUUCUGCGAUUGGCGUAAGAAAAAAUGGAGUGCCUUGCACCUGCCCCCUGUGCACUUCAGACAAGAAAUGUAUCAGCACCACCGAGGGAGUUCAGCUCGCCAAAGAGCUAGAAGCCACGUACCUCGAACUGCACACUCUGAAUGAUUUCUACAUACAGAAUUACUUUGGGGUAGUGCUGGAAUAUUUUAUAACCCAAAGUUUGAAUCAGAAGUCCUCUGAGAAAAUUAAGUUAAAGAAAAAGAUGCAGAAGUGCUGUCGACUCCAACCGCCUCAUCUUGAACAUCCAGAUGAAAUGUCGACCUUAAAGGGCAAAGACUCGCGCUACAACGAGGACCUGCAAAACCUGCUCUGCAGCUGCCAGUGCGCGGACGUGGCGUUCUACCCUGAAGACCUCAGCACGGUGGUGGAGGCUCACAAGAUCAUCCUCUGCUCUGCCAGCCACGUCUUCAUGCUGCUUUUUGGGGUGAAGAGCCCGGCCGACAUCCGCGACGCCUCCAUCGUGCAGACAGCGCACACCCUCUUCCAGGUGGAGGCGGGGGCGGCCCGGCCCCCAGGCCCCUACGGCAUCCCGGCCAGCAUCUCGCCGGUGAGGGUGGUGGUGAAGGACUUCAUCGUCUUCUCUUGUCUCCCAGACGUCCUCCACUUCAUCUAUUCAGGUGUUUUCCAGUGGGAACAACUAGAAGAGGAAACAAAAAAGAAGCUGAAGGAUCCAGAAAAAAUUGAACAUGUGCUCGAGACAGUUAAAUGUAUCCUGAAAAUUCCAGGGAAGAUAAACACCACAAAGGACUUCAAUUCUCACCAGAUAAAAUGUCUGUAUAAUCAAUCUCUCAGGCGGUUCUUUAAAAACCCUGUCCUGGCUGAUGUAAUCUUCAAAAUACAAGAUGACACUGUUCCAGCCCACAAACCCAUCCUGGUAGCUCGCUGUGAGGUGAUGGCAGCUAUGUUUAAUGGUAAUUACCUAGAAGCAAAAAGUAUUCUGAUUCCAGUGCACGGGGUUUCCAAAGAAACUUUCCUCUCCUUUCUAGAGUAUCUUUACACUGACUCCUGCUACCCAGACAGCAUUCCCCAAGCUAUGUCUCUCUUGGUCUGUGCGGAGAUGUACCAAGUAAUAAGACUCCAGUAUAUCUGUGAGCUUUAUGUUAUCACUCAUCUUCAGAGCCUGCCCAGCAGGGAACUAGCAUCCACAAGCCUCGGUGUUGUCAGCUUGGUCAAAAAAGCUAAGUUUCACAAUUCCAACUGCCUUUCAACUUGGCUUCUUCAUUUUAUUGCCACUAACUACCUCAUCUUCAGUCAAAAGCCCGAAUUUCAGGAUCUGUCAGCGGAGGAGCGCCGCUUCGUAGAGAAGCACCGGUGGCCGUCCAACGUGUACCUGAAGCAACUCACCGAGUACAGGAACUACGUCAAAUCCCAGAAGUCCCACUGCACAGUCAUGUAAGGACUGAACAGGCGCACAGGGCGUCUCGCCAGGGGAGCCUCAGCCAGGGGUUUGCGUGGAGCUUGAACGUCAAAACCAGCGGCUGAGCCCCCGGGAGCACGGUGCCCUGCUGUGGAAUGCUCGUUCAUGUUCCUUGACUUGGUACCAAACUGCGCUGAUUUUUCCUGAAAGCAUUGAGAAAUAGAUCUGAGGUUUCUUUCAAGCACAAGGGUGUCACGCCCGUGGGGAUAAAGCAUCAUACGGGGCAGUGCCGUGAGGGUCACCCCCUUGUGAUUCCUGUAUUGGCUACUUUAUUGUGUCUUGUGGCUGUUUCUUGCUGCUAAACCAGCAUCUGUCAAAAAGAGAAUUUUUGGUAAAUCCCGUACAAUUGGAGCGGUGUAGCAGUUCAGGGAAGCUGGGAAGCCAACUAAUAAAUUCUUUAUUUUGGAAUGCAAACGUCUUCUGCAGUGUCUGUUGGAUUGCAAAACAAAGGGCAGGCUUAACAAGCAUCCUAGUUACGCUUCGUUUUGAACUUCGCGUCAGGCCUGUAGUUCCUUUCGUGAGAGCCUGACAGCUUUGCAGGCAGACGUCUGAACCCCGGGAAUGCCUGUGCCGUGCUGUACUCUCUAGUGCCUCCAAAUAUCUGAACAUUGAAAUAAUUUUUCCUGCUGGUACGCGGGAGCAGAAAGUCCGCUUGAAUAACGUGAGAGACACCUUUGUCGGAGUGGCCGUGUUGUGUUUCUGCCCUCGAGGAAAGGGUCGGGGGCACUCGCUCGGAGCAAACCCACCUGGGGCGGGAGGGCCUGGGGCAGAGGGGACGGGCUGGGCAGCCGAGGGGGUCUCGCACUCUGCAGCCCCCCGGCAGCCGAGAGCCUGGGUGUUGGGUGCUGGUCCGAGGGGUGACCCCACGGGUUCACCUGUCCCACCAGGGGCCGCGGAUUUUGUAACGGGGCCCUGAGCUCGGCCCUGUCCCGGGGCCCAGUUUGAACUGGGUUAUCCCCACGUGCCAUCAGCUGCCCCCAGUCAGACAAAGCCGAUUAUCUUCCCUGGCUGCCGGACUCUUCCCAGAGAGAGCAGGGACCCCCAGCGCACCAUGACGAGGACGGCCCUUGCAGACCCUGGGGAGGGUUUUCCUGACCUACAUCAUCUGUUGGCGGAGCCCCUGACCCGUGUGUGUGUAGUGACAGUGACGGCCAGAUGAACCUGACUUGUCUGAGGGAUCUACCUAAGCAAAGGGGCUUUUCUGUCAGUGACAUCGGAGCAAGGAGCUAAAGGCUUCAUUAUCGUCGUUCUUGGACUUCGGAUCCUGCUUUGCCCGCUGCCUUGAAUUUUGGCAUGGAGUCUGAGCCCAGAAAGACAGAGAAGAGACCCUGGAAAAGAUUAUUCCGUUUUUCCACGGUGUCCCAGCGGCCAUCCCCAACGGACCAGACAGAGCAGCUGUGAGAUGCAGGUGGAACAGCAAAUUACUGCAGAUUUUUUUUUUUUUUCCCCCUCUGCUUUCAUAUUCUAACACAGUUUUAUAGGCAAAUCGUUCUUUUCAAAUUCCAUGAUAGAGUCACAGGGAUUUUACUGUUUGGGGUUUUUCUGGUGACAUUUUGCAGAGGUUGCGAGGGUAUUGCUUUUCCUAUAGUAGGGGACACACAAAAAAUUUCAAAAAAAGAGCUUGUGAAUCAGCUGGCUGCUGCAGGCUCCAGUUUCCAAGGUUAGUAAGAAUGAGAAUUGUUUUCCUUUUUCAUAACCUGGGGAUCCCAAAGUUCUUUAAAGGAUUAGAUGUACUUAGCUACAUCUCACAAAUAAGGAGCCUGAAAUCCAGAGCGUUACACUGCUUCUUCAAGAUCACUAACGAAAACUGAAAAUGUUAAA